UUCUGUUUGGUUUUGUUUUGUUUUGGUUGGAGUUUUUGGAUUUUUUAAUCUGCCGGUGGCUUCAGAUUGUUUCAAGUCCAACAAGAUGCACGAACGCCAGAGGCUGACAACCGCCGGCCGAUGGCUUGUUUACAGCGCCGUCUGUGCGCUGUUGUUGCUCCACUCGGCUGCCGAGGCCUUGGAUCCAUGCUCUGUCACUGUCUCGUCCAUCUCAGCCCUGAAAACGCAAGUCGCCAAUGCAGCCAAUUCGGUCGUCUGCAUCGCGACUGGAACAUACACGAUGGCAGGCACCGAUGCCAUGACAAUUUCGCGAUUAACAAGCGUGGAAGUUCGCGGAGCUGGAACCCUCAACUCGGAUGUCGUCCUUGACAUGAACACUGCUGGACGACACUUUUCGCUGACCUCGACUGGAGGAAUAACUUUGACCAUCCGACACUUGACUCUGAAGCGAGGCUCGGGAUCCAGUAGUGGCGGCGGCUGCGUUUCCGUCGCUGCUGCUGCCACAAAUCCAACUUUGGUUCUGGACGAUGUCACUCUGGAUGCCUGCACGAGCUCGGGCGGACCUGGCGGUGCUGUUGCGAUUUUUGACUCUCCUGCAACUCUCUCUAUUUCAAGCUCUCUGUUCAAGAGCUGCGCGGCGUCAAGCACGGGUGGAGGUGCGAUCGCGUUUUCGAAUACUGCCACCGGAUCGACCAUAUCCGCUUCGAUCGUCGGCACUAUCUUCCAAAGUUGCACUGCAACGAGUGUGACAGGCGGCGCCAUUUUUGUUGGAGCAACCACUAAAGUCAAUUUGUCCAUUGAUUCGUCUGCGUUUAUCUCGUGCACGGCGACCAGCGGAAGCGGCGGGGCGAUAACCCAUGGCGGUACAAGUGGCAACACCAUCUCCAUCAGCAAUACGCAAUUCACAUCCUGCUCGGCAACUAAUGCCGGCGGCGCCAUCACUCAAACUUCGAACGGGGCCGUGAGCUUUGUCAUGUCAAAUGCAACAUUUACGUCCUGCUCAUCUUCGGCUAAUAACGGUGGUGCCAUCAAUCUGGGGCUGUCUGGCGCCGCCUCAUCUCUGAGUUGCGAUCGAUGCACUUUCUCUUCCAACUCAGCCUCGGGUGCUGGUGGUGCCGUUUACGCAGCUUCUAGUGUUUCCUUGUCCUUCCAAUCCUCGACGUUCAGCGGAAACAAUGCCAAUUCUGGAGGUGCUGUUUACGGAAAUAAUGGUGCUUCCUUGUACUCUCAAUCGUCGACGUUCAGCGGAAACUAUGCCAGUUCUGGAGCUGCCGUCUUUUUCCCUGACAGCACCUCAUCGAGAGGUGCCUUUUGGGACACGCUUUUCUUGGGAAACUACAUUACCGGAAGUUCGGGUAUCAUUCGUUUAGGAACGUCAAUUUCGUAUUUUUCCAGAUGCAACUUUACAAAUAAUGUGUAUUCGGGAUCCACAAGCGGGAAUUCUGGUGCGCUCCAUCUUGGAGCUAGUGCAAUCGUUGGUGUUGUUCGCAGCACUUUUUCCGGAAAUACUAGAGCCAGUGAUCAGACUGAUAUUCUGUUCUCGGGCUCUGGAUCUAGCGCGCUACAGUAUCCGCUGCCAAAGUUCAAUUCCAUUGGUACCUCUGGAACAUACACUGCGGUCGACGUCAUCUCAACCUACUGCACGAGUUGCGCGAGCUCUCCCUUCAAUUCGUUCGUGUGCAAUGCCAUGCCCGAGUGUUCGCCAUCCUACUCCAGCUCGGCUGCUUCUCAGGCGUCUGUCAGCGUUGCUUCCGUUGCCUCUACUGCUUCAGUUGUUUCAGCUUCGUCUGCAUCCAAAGCGUCUGCCUCCCUCGCUUCAAUCGCGUCCACUCAAUCAGCAUCGGCUGCCUCAGAUGCUUCGGUCGCAUCAACUAAAUCCGCAUCAGUCGCCUCAAUCGCCUCUGCCUCGGUUGCUUCUGAGGUCUCUGCCGCCUCUGCCUCUGCCGCCUCUCUCGCGUCAGAGACUUCGUUGGUAGCAGUGUCAUCUGCCACACCUGAAAUUUCCUCUGCGACCCCAGAAGUCUCCUCUGCGACCCCAGAAGUCUCCUCUGCGACCCCAGAAGUCUCCUCUGCAACACCAGAAGCCUCCUCUGCCACUCCAAAAGUCUCCUCGGCCACUCCAGAAGUCUCCUCGGCCACUCUAGAAGUCUCCUCGGCCACUCCAGAAGUCUCAUCUGCGACACCCCAGAUCUCGUCUGUGACCCCAGCCGUCUCCUCUGCUACUCCAGAAGUCUCAUCUGCAACACACGUGAAUCCCUCCGAGUCUGGCAGCUCUUCGUCCGGUUCGAGUGGGUCGAUUAUUCCGCUGGCAGCAGGCGUCGCUGUGGCAGUUGUGCUCUUGAUUUUGCUGAUUCUCGUGGCGGUCGCGAUGCGCCGCCGUCGCCGUCGUGACAACCGUGUUAAGGCCGUCCAGCGCGAAACGAGCACGAUCGCAAUGCUCCCCGUCGCCAGCCUCGUCCGAAACUCUGCAUCCAGCGCCUCGCAUCCGGACUCGCUGCCUGCCUACUCGCCCGGCAACCAUGUCGAGUACGAGUCCAUGGACGAGGCUCGAGCUGGGUAUGACAGACUCGUCGGUGUUUCCGACGAGAAGCCCUCGAGCCAUUACGCGUCACUUGCGCCAUAUCCCAGCGCUGAGCCCCAGUACCAGUCCCUGAACACGGCGUACGCGACUCCUGCUCCAACGGCCAGCUCUAGUGACGCAUACGCGACUCCCACACCAACUGCCAGCUCGAGUGGCGCAUACGCGACUCCCACGCGAUCCGCCGGCUCUGGUGGCGCAUACGACGAGCUGCGCGCUCCUCCUACCAAUGCGUCGGACGCGACGUACUCGAGCACCGUUCACAACCCGGUCAUGAGUUCCGAGUCCGAGCCGCACUCGGAAGGUGGCGAGCAGCCCGUUAACUAUGCUCAAAUCUACUAGUCGCUGCUGCCGUAGCGUUGGUUGUACCAGUUUUGUCCCCCUUGUGUGUAGAGAGAGAUUCUUGUUGCUGCUUGGUUGUUUUUGGUGUUGUUUCUUGCUGCCGGUUUUUUUUGUUUGUUUGUUUCGUUCCAAUGAAGUGCUUUG